AUGAACAGCACAUGGUGUCUGUGAUUUGCCACUAGAGGCCAUUCUCGUACUGUAUAACGCGACCCGGAAAAACUAUCAGUAUGGAUUUUUGCCCGAUAGUUCCAGCAAUCAACUAUCGGUGCCGAAUAAUCUGCAAAACCAAUGAAACGGUCAACAAUUUUCAGUGCCAGCAGCCAGAAGAAAACCACUGAGUUCAGCAGAAGCAAGCCAGCGAUCUUCCAGGAUGCCUCUGGCUUCUGAUUCUGCUCCCUCCCUGCUGUGUGGAGAUGCGAAAGCUGAGACCUCAGAUGGAGGGACUGAAGGCAAUGUGAAGAAAGAGGAGAUGCUAGAGCUGAGCAUUGACAACUGCUUAAUUAACAUCAGCAACACACCUAACGUUAUCUCUGUCAAAGUGGAAGAAGCCGACCAUCAAGAUUUCCUGUACUGUGAAGUUUGCAAAUCCUUCUUCUUUAGCAAGUGUGAGGUCCAUGGUCCAGCUGUCUUCAUCCCUGACACUCAUGUUCCCAUGGGUGUUGCUGAUCGAGCCAGACAAACUCUUCCUCCUGGACUAGACAUUAAGAAGUCUGCAAUUGCUGAUAAAGGCCUGGGAGUGUUUAAUAAGGGGGAUACUAUUCCAGUUGGUGCACACUUUGGACCCUAUCAGGGAGAGCUGGUGGACAGAGAGGAAGCCAUGAAGAGUCGCUACUCUUGGGUGAUAUACAUAAGUAGGCAGCAUGAAGAAUACAUAGAUGCCAAGAGAGAGACCCAUGCUAACUGGAUGAGGUUUGUGAACUGUGCUCAGGGUGAUGGAGAGCAAAAUCUUGUAGCGAUUCAAUAUCGAGGGGAGAUACUGUACCGUUGCUGUCGACCUGUUAAUCCGGGUCAGGAGCUCCUGGUGUGGUAUGAAGAGGAAUACGCCAAAGCUUUAGGCCCUACGUUGGAUGAUUUUUGGAAUAUAAAGUACUCCACAAAUGAACGUCCUGGCGAUCAGGUGCAAAACUUCUCCUGCUCUUCGUGUCUUCUUUGCUAUACAUCUCACAUUUCCCUUAAAAGACACAUGAGGAAAUGCCACUAUGUUCAGCAUGUGAGACCUCAGAAAUCAGGGAAGGUUAAAUAUGAGAUUCUAAAGCCCACAAAAGGCUCAAAUUUACAACAAUUAUCAAAUACCUCUUUGCGAAGAGAAAUAUCGAUGAAAAAUCAUCACUGCUCAGACUGUGGAAAAGGUUUCGCAGGUCCAAAUACUCUCGAAAAACAUCGGCGUAUUCACACAGGACCGAAGCAGCAUGAAAAGCCUCCUCAAAAGGUUGCUCAUUGUUGCUCUGUGUGUGGAAGGAGCUUUACUCAGCUGGGCUAUCUUCAAAUACACCAGCGCCUCCACACAGGAGAGAGGCCGUAUCAGUGCUCGGAGUGUGGGAAGAGUUUUACUCGAAAGGGAGUUCUCCUAGAACACCAACGCAUCCAUACGAGAGAGAAGUCGCAUCGCUGCUCCCAGUGUGAAAAGAGUUUUUACCGGAAGAAUGAACUUCAUAGGCACCAGCGCGUCCACACGGUAAAGAAGCCGAGUCACUGCUCACAACGCUUGGGUAGAUUUACUCGGAUUUGCGCAGAGCUGAAGCCGCAUCGAUGCUCUGUGUGUACAAAGAGCUUUACUCAGAAGCUUGAUCUUGAACUACACCAGCUAUUUCACGUGCAGCAAAAGCUUUAUAAUUGCUCGCUAUGUGGAAGGAGUUUUACUCAAUUGGGCAACCUUCAAAUGCACCAGCGCAUUCAUACUGGAGAGAGGCCGUACCAGUGCUCGGAGUGUGGGAAGAGUUUUACUCGAAGAGUUCUCCUAGAACACCAACGCAUCCAUACGAGAGAGAAGUCGCAUCGCUGCUCCCAGUGUGAAAAGAGUUUUAAGCGAAAGAGUGAACUUCAAAGACACCAGCAUGUCCAUGCUAGAGAGUCCAAAGACUUUAACUUACCAGAAAAACAAUCUACUUCAGGGCCUUUAAAUAGAGAGAAGUGGCCAGGUGACGUCACUACUAACUAGAUGUCAACCGAUUCAUCGUUUUUGUCAAAUAUUCUCAUAGCAUUCUGGUGUUGAUUGGCAGCAGUGCCUUUGUUUAUAUAGAAGAAGCUGUUUAUCGUUAACAGGAAGUAGGCCUUUACCAUAUAACAAUGUAACGUACAGUUUCUACACAAUAUUACAUUAAACAAAAGUAUAGCUGCAUUUAUUCUGAUUGUAUGUCACCAGGCCUUCCACAAUGUAUGCUUAGGAACGCUGUAUAGUACAGGCUGUGAAUUUAAAAUACGGCAAAACUAUAAACUCAAUAAAUUGCCAAAUUGAACUCAAAA